AAACAAAAACGGCAAAAUUCCCUCAAUCCCCAUUUAAAUAGUUUCGAUUAAUCGUCGUCUUCUCCAAAAAGCAAGAAUACCCGCUUUCUUCUUCUUCCCCUUUCCUACUCUUUUCAAACUGGGCAACAUGAAAGCGUGACUGUCACUGGCUUCUUUUCUUUCGAACCCCCAACAUGGAUAAAACCAGUGGCGGAGACAAGUACAACAUUGAAACCGCGGAAAUCUUGGCAAAUGAGGCUCAGCAUUUGCCCGUUGCAGAGGCCACACCCAUAUACGAGCAGCUUCUGCUAUUGUUUCCAACUGCUGCCAAGUUUUGGAGGCAAUAUGUGGAGGCAUAUAUGGCUACAAAUAAUGAUGAUGCUACAAAACAGAUUUUUAGUCGGUGUUUGUUGCAUUGUCUUCAGAUUCCUCUAUGGAGAUGCUACAUUCGUUUCAUUAGAAAGGUCAAUGACAAGAAGGGCAUGGAGGGUCAGGAAGAGACAAGAAAAGCUUUUGAUUUUAUGCUUAACUGUGUGGGAGCAGACAUAGCAUCUGGUCCUGUGUGGAUGGAGUACAUAGCCUUUCUAAAAUCAUUGCCGGCUAUAAAUGGUCAAGAAGAGUCACACCGGAUGACUACUGUGAGGAAAGUCUAUCAGAAGGCUAUUGUUACUCCAACCCAUCACAUUGAACAACUUUGGAAGGACUAUGAAAACUUUGAAAAUUCUGUUAGUCGUCAGUUGGCUAAAGGACUAAUAUCUGAAUAUCAACCCAAAUAUAAUAGUGCUAGGGCAGUUUACCGGGAGAGGAAGAAGUAUGUUGAUGAAAUUGAUUGGAAUAUGCUUGCUGUACCACCAAGUGGAUCCUACAAGGAAGAAAUUCAGUGGAUUGCAUGGAAGAGGCUUUUAUCUUUUGAAAAAGGAAAUCCACAGAGAAUAGAUACCGCCUCCUCCAACAAACGAAUUAUAUUUACUUAUGAGCAGUGUUUGAUGUAUAUGUACCAUUAUCCUGAUAUAUGGUAUGACUAUGCUACAUGGCAUGCAAAAGGUGGUUCCAUAGAUGCAGCAAUCAAAGUAUUUCAAAGGGCUCUGAAGGCUCUCCCUGAUUCAGAAAUGCUGCGAUAUGCUUGUGCAGAGCUUGAGGAGUCUCGUGGAGCAAUUCAGGCUGCAAAGAAAAUAUAUGAAAGCCUUUUGGGAGACGGUGUCAAUGCAACCUCACUUUCUCAUAUUCAAUUCAUGCGAUUUCUUAGAAGGACUGAAGGUGUUGAAGCUGCUAGGAAGUACUUUCUGGAUGCGCGAAAAUCCCCAAGCUGUACUUAUCAUGUUUAUGUUGCUUAUGCUACAAUGGCAUUUUGUCUUGAUAAGGAUCCAAAGAUGGCUCAUAAUGUUUUUGAAGCUGGACUAAAACGCUUUAUGCAUGAACCUGUUUAUAUUCUCGAAUAUGCUGAUUUCUUGAUACGAAUGAAUGAUGACCAAAACAUACGAGCUUUAUUUGAGAGGGCGUUAAGUUCACUUCCACCAGAAGAGUCAGUUGAGGUCUGGAAAAAGUUCACUCAGUUUGAGCAAACUUAUGGGGAUCUUGCAAGCAUGCUGAAGGUUGAGCAAAGAAGGAAAGAAGCACUUUCUGGAGCUGAAGAUGGAACAGCAUUAGAGAGUUCUCUGCAAGACAUUGUAUCACGAUACAGUUUCAUGGAUUUGUGGCCGUGCUCUUCUAAUGAUCUUGAUCAUUUAGCUCGGCAAGAGUGGCUUACCAAAAAUAUCAAUAAGAAAGUAGAGAAGUGUAUUUUGGCUAAUGGAACGAUUCUUAUAGAUAAGACAUCUAUGACAAACAUUUCAACUACAUCACCAAAGAUCGUUUAUCCCGAUACUUCAAAGAUGGUGAUCUAUGAUCCGAAGCAUACACCUGGUGCAGGAACUAAUGCAUUUGAUGAAAUUCUGAAAGCUACACCACCUGCCUUGGUAGCAUUUUUGGCAAAUCUACCAGCCGUUGAAGGCCCAACACCAAAUGUGGAUAUUGUGCUAUCAAUUUGCUUGCAGAGUGAUCUACCAACAGGACAAAGUACAAAAACAGGGAUUUCAACACAAGUGCAAACUGGGAAAGUGGGGAUUCCAUCACAGUUGCCAGGAGGUUAUGCUCCUGCUACUAGUGAACUUUCUGGUUCAAGCAAGUCUCACCCUGUUGCAAGUGGCGUGUCUUUGAAACCGGGAAGUAAUAGGCAAUAUGGGAAAAGGAAGGAGUCAGACAGGCAAGAGGAUGAUGAUACCACUACUGUCCAAAGUCAACCACUUCCUCGAGAUGCUUUCAGGAUACGACAGUAUCAGAAAGCUCGAGCCAGCAGUGCUUCUCAAACGGGAUCAGUUUCAUAUGGAAGUGCAUUUUCUGGCGAUUUAUCUGGCAGCACUGGUUGAUAAAAUAUUUUUAAGCAUUUAUUGGAGGCUGUUGUAAAUUAAAAGACCUUCCAUGAACUCAUAUAUCACUAUCCUUUUGCUUAUAGCGUAAUGUAUAAGUUAUGAACAUGAUGUAUAUUCAGGGUUCAUGCCUCGUCCAUUGUCAUGUUUACUAAAAUCUGACAACGCAAAAGGACUACCAUCUUUGCAUGAGUAUAACCGCAGCUUUUGGGAGGUUUGAUACUUCGAAAAAACAUGAACUUGCAAGGAAGGAUGAUACUUGUCAAUAAUUGCCAGAGUAGAGAUUGGUCUUCUGAAACUAUUUUCCCCUUGCAGGGAUGUAACUAGGUCAUCUAAAAUAAGAUUUACUAUAUGCACUUUUAUUUUGCUAUACAACAGAAGGAUUCAACUUUUAGUAUCAUGAUUUUACAAUAUGUCGAUAUUAAAAUUUGUGCCAGUUCAUGGCCAUUUUUCUAUAUUUAUUUUAUGAGCAUGAUUAGCACCAUA